AUGGAGCAUCCUCACAAUGCUAUCCUCUUACCCUGUUCUUCCCACGAGAAGGGAUGUUGCCCUUACAUGUGCGACACAAGCCAGUGUCACUCAAACUGUUUCGACCAUUUUAUGAAUUCUAAAACUAGGAGUUGUUCUCUUGAGAACUAUGAUUUUAGUAGGACUUAUUCAGAGUUAAGGAAGCAUGCAAGGCUUAAACAUCCUUUUGUGCAAUCAUCAGAGGAUGACCCAAAGCGCCAGAGUGAUUAG